UCCAUGGAAUAGAGCACUCAGUUUCCGGAAACUACACGUGUUCAGCCUCUAACCUUUUUGGCGAUGACUCUAUCACUUAUACCCUUGUCGUUGUGAUGCCUCCCAAAGCACCAGUUCUCGAGCUCCAGUACACGACCACUCACAGCGUUAAACUAAGAUGGAAUCAUCCUGAGAAUGGAGGGGCAACGAUUCAAGGAUAUGUUUUAAGCUACAAGCGAGAUCCUGGAAAUUGGGAAGAGAUUAUGCUCUCCCCAGAGCAGACAGAAUUUACUUUGAGUGGAUUAAAAUGUGGCUCAUCGUACUUGGGACAUCUUACGGCUCAUAAUCGAGUGGGUACCGGUGACCCUAGUCCUACGAUCAGUACGACCACUAAGGGAUCAGCACCGAAACUCCCGAAGGAACGGGAAAUCAUCACUGCGAACGCCACCUCUUUCCGGUUAAAUCUGUUGCAGUGGCCCAAUGGCGGUUGUCCAAUUCAUUAUUACACGGUGGAAUAUCGAAGAAGAAUGAACACCGAAUCCUGGAUUCUGGUCGCCAGCAAAGCUACCGACAAUUUGAUAAUAAGAGAUCUGAAACCAGCUGCCUGGUACACAUUACGAUUAACUGCCCACAACGACGCUGGAAAGACUCAAGCGCAGAUGGAAUUUGCGACAACAACAUUGAGUGGAAUUAGCAUUUCUCCACCAAAUGAUUUGAUUAUGGAUGAUGAAUUGGAUAGGACUCCGCAAAAUCACAAAGUGCUGUACGUGGCUGUUCUACUUGUCUGCGCUACUGUACUCAUUAUAUCGGCUGUUACUCUUGGAUAUGUCAUGCUGAAAAGGACGGGCAGGUCAAGUUAUAUAGGGGAAAUAUUACCCGGUCAGCAGAGACCACCAGGGGGUUUAGGGAUUGGUCAGCAACAACAUCAGAAUCAUCAUCAUACGAACAGUUGCAUGUCCACGGUGCAGUUGAAAACGGUGGAAAGGGAUAACAGGAGGAAUCAUCAGGUUUAUACGAGCUCACCGGUCAAGCAGGAUAAUCAUAAAUCUAAUGAUCAUGGUUCAGAAAUGUAUGAAAUCAGUCCGUAUGCAACAUUCAGUGUUCCUGGACGAGAGAAUCGUUCAGUAACAACAGCUACAUUGGACUACACAAUGCAAUUCAAGACAUUCGGUCAUUUAGAGAAUGAAGACAUUAAUACAAUUGACUAUGAACAAUCCAGUGUAGACUUCGAAAGGUCUAAAACGCCAAGGUGGCAUAAACAGCGUUAUUUUCCGAGCAUCGCGGAAGCAGAGGGAAAAAUAAGAUCAAGUCGACCGGGGUCUGGCAGCGACACGUCUGGGAGUCCUUGUGGCGAGUGCGCUGGGCCAAGUUACCGAAUUCCUGUAAAACCUUGCAGAGAUGUUUUCUCACGUGGAGUUGAAUCGAGUACUGAAUCGAAUAAUGAAGGUUCACCAUCGUUCACUCGACGACGCAGUCGACAGCCGAGCCGGUCCUCUCGCAGUUCGGUGGAGGAUAUGAUGUUGAUGCCACCGAGUGGUUUCAGCGACAGCCGUGAAUUGAGUGAGGCGGAAUGCGAUCGUGAUCGUGAUUGGCAGGGGCUUUCCAUUGCAACCCGGCAUGGUGGUAGUCUUGGCAGAUUGCCAAUUGAGGCUGUAGAAACUAUGCUCGCUAGGUAUCAGCAGCGAAAGGAACAGGAGAGACAGGAGUUUUCGAUACAUGUAUGAUGGAGCUACAUAUGGAAAGAGUUUCGAGAUGGCCACGUAAUCUUCGCGGGACGAGGGAAGCCCGAAAAUGCCGAAUAAAUCGAAUUUAUAUUUCUUUACCAAACAUAAAAAAAACGUAUACAAUCGGUUGGAAUCAUCCAUUCGAUCUUCGCCUGGUUUUUUACAAUUAAAUCAUUGAAAUAAAUUAUUACAUCAAAAAAAUUUAAUAAUUCAUCAACAAAAUCGCUCCUCGCCUCGAUUAUGUAAGUCAGUUGUACAUAUGUGUUGAGUGAGUGCAAUUAAUUAUUGUUAAUAAAUUCCAAAAAUUUGACGGGUUUUUAACUCAUUGAUCAAUGAUGCAAGAAAUUUUUCGCAUAGAGAAUCGAAGAAUUGUCAAAAUAAUUGUUCAAUAAGUCCGUAAAUAACACAGAUGAUGAAAAUAUAUAAUUGAAAGCCCAGAAUAGGGUUAACGAUACCAAAAAGACUCUUCGAGGGUGUAUGUUCUCUUAUUUCACUGACAUCCAUUAUAGAAAUCCUAAUUUACACCCUGUGCCAUGGAGAUAAGAAACUCAAGAAGUUAAUCAACUCAAAGUCUUGUACUACUUUAAAAUAAAAUACUUAACAAAAACUGCCACAUACUUCUGGAGGCUGCAAUAGAUUGUCAAUGUAAUGGUUGAAAAAAAAUGUAAUGAAAACGAUAAGCAGUGGAGACUGAUUGUGCGUAAAACGCCGCCAUCUGGAGUGCAUGUACUUAAUAACAAUUGUAAUUUAGUGAACUACUGAAUUUAAAUAACUAUUAUUUGUUUCCACUGAACUAAGAAAAAAAUUGAGUCUAAUUAUGCUGCAUGAUGAGCAUGUGAUUAGCUGAAUUUAUAAAGUCGUAUUUCUCGUCUUAAAAACUGUAGUAAGAGAGACAAGCCAAUGAAAUGCCAAAGAUGUUUGGAUCGAAAUUGUGGGGUGUUAGAUUGAUUGAUGCAUUUUAAAUACGUUUGAUAU